GCAAGAGAGUGGUAGCGCACUCGAGGAGAACAACGACAUAGUGAAACGUGCGAAGAAUAUGUCGUCAAUGGCCUUCUCGAUGUAUCAGUUUACAAGGGGGGAGGGAGCCCUUAAAACAACACAGGAUCUUUUCACGCAAGCUGAGUAUUUUGCGGAGGAGGCGAAUAGAUUGUACAAGGUUGUGAGACAAUUUAGUUAUCAGGUACCGGGUGGACCGCACAAGAAAGAACUAUUAGAAAAUCUGGAUCGAGUGCCAACAUAUGUGCAGCAAUUGCAAUUCACCGUGAAGAACCCAACCGUCGGUAAAGCGGCGACAUUUACCAAAGUCGACAACGUUAUACAGGAGACAAAGAACUUGAUGAACGUGAUAUCGAAGGUGGUCACUACGUGCUUCGUCUGCGCCACAAAGCAUAACGUCAACAUGCCGCAGUUCGUGGAUCUGAGUCCGACACCGAUGCCAGGGGAGAACGAAGAGGAUUGUUUAUAUCCUAUCAGUCCGCAAUUACUUCCAUCCUCGUCGCCGUACGUUCAACCUCAUCCUUUGACCUCGGCACAAUUCCAUAAUAUCCUUCGAACGAGCCUAAAUCUUUCAACAUUCAAUCCUUAUUUCAACGUGGUACCAACAACGAUAGGAGGAUUUGUCGCUAAUGCUACUACUAGUGCUACUACUACUACUACUACUGCUACUACUACGACAAUGAGAAAUUCAACGACGAACAACAAUCCUAACAAAAGUUCGACAUCCUUCGUUCAUCCCUCGGUCCUUCCUUUUUCAACAAAUCAAACGAACGUGCCACAGCCGUCGCCAUAUUCUCUACAAAAUCUUCAGCUAUUGCAGCUGCAAUUGCAUCAGGCACAAUUGCAACAUCUGAGAUACGCCAGUCUGCCCAGAUAACGAAAGACACACGCUCCCUCUCGCAGAACAAACGGAUCUGAAAGUUUUUUAAACUUUCUAAGCGCGUGAGAGAGAAAGAAAGAAAAAGAGAGAGAGAGAGAAAGAGAAAGAGGAAGAAACAGAGAAAGAAAAAGAUAGAGAAAGAGAAAGAGAGAGAGAGAGAGAGAGAGAGAGAGAGAGAGAGAAAAGAAAAAGAAAGAGAAAGAGAGCAAGAAAAAAAAGACAGAGAACUGCUCGUAAUUUCGUAUCAUCACAGGUUCGACC